AUGCUGCUGGGGUCAGGUUCUUUUGCUUUUCUUUUUAACCUUCUCUUUCAGCUCGAAAUAGCUGUCAAUUAUGCAAAGCUCGAUGGUGUUGUCCUCGCUUUCGCUGUCGCGUCACGUCACCUACAUCAAUGGCACUACAACCCUACACUCGAACGUGGCCUUGCAUAUCUGCUGGGAGUCAAAGUCACUUGCGUGGACAAGGGUGUACACAAAGACGAUCAAAGAGCUGUCGCGUUAUGGCCUACAAAAUUCGGCUCAGCCUCGACAGUUGGCCCCCGGCUAGUAGUGAUGAUCAUGGGUCUCGACGGCUCCCGUGACCAUGAGCGGUCAGGGAAAGCACCCAAGGGUCUGAGCCAGGUAAAACACGGCCGGCCACCUAAUCAACGGGCAUCUGUAACUAUGGCAUGCAUUGCGUCCUGCAACUAA